AUGGCACUAGACAAAGUGGCUGCCGUCCUGUUCCUUGUGGCAUUGCCCAACUCCCCCAGCGGCGACUAUGGUCCACAGGUAGUAACAUGUCCCUCCACACGCCCGACCAUCCGCAGCGCCGCAUCAGGGCUCAGCACGAACGAGACCGCCUGGCUCAGCAAGAGGCGCGCCGCCACCGUUCAGCCCAUGGUGGACUUUAUGACCCGGGCCAACAUCACCGGCUUCGACGCCGAGUCCUACUUGGACCAAUACGCCAGCAACGUCUCGGCCCUGCCCAACAUAGCCAUCGCCGUCAGUGGAGGUGGCUACCGAGCCCUGAUGAACGGAGGCGGGUUCCUCAAGGCUGCUGACAACCGCACGACCGGGUCCACAGGGGAUGGAGGCAUCGGUGGGCUUUUGCAGUCAGCGACGUACGUGGCCGGGCUCUCGGGCGGCGGGUGGCUUGUGGGGUCCAUCUACCAGAACAACUUCUCCUCGGUGGAGAGCCUCAUGCAAGACGGCAUCGUGUGGCAGUUCCAGAACAACAUCUUUGAAGGGCCAGACACGGGCGGUAUCGGGGUCUUCGACACGGCCGAGUACUGGUACGACAUCAACGAGCAAGUCGAUGACAAGUCCGAUCCGGGUUGGCCGACGUCCAUCACCGACUAUUGGGGCCGCGCGCUCUCAUACCAGCUCAUCGACGCCCCCGCGGGCGGGCCUGCGUACACAUGGAGCUCAAUAGCGCUGGACCAGAACCUGAUAGACGGCAACAUCCCCAUGCCGCUCCUCGUGGCGGACGGGCGGGACCCGGGCACCCAGAUCAUCAGCCUCAACGCUACCAAUUAUGAGCUCGGCCCUUGGGAGAUUGGCACUUGGGACCCGACCGUUUAUGGCUUUGUCCCCACCCGAUACGUGGGUUCCAACUUCUCUGCUGGCUCUAUAGCGGAUGGAGGGCACUGCGUUGAGGGAUUCGACCAGGCUGGGUUUGUAAUGGGGACCAGCAGCACGCUCUUUAAUCAGUUCCUCCUCGCCAACAUCACCUCGACAACCAACAUCCCUUCCGCCGUGGCCAAUGCCAUCGACGCAGUCCUAGAGGAUAUUGGCGCUGCCGACGAUGACAUCGCCCAGUGGACCCCCAAUCCCUUCCGCGGCUACAACCCGUCCACCAACCCCACCACAAACACGGAUCAGCUCUCCCUCGUCGACGGUGGCGAGGACCUCCAGAACAUCCCGCUCAACCCGCUGAUCCAGCCCGUCCGCGCCGUGGACGUCAUCUUCGCCGUCGACUCUUCCGCCGACACGGAGCUCAACUGGCCCAACGGCACCGCCCUCCGCGCCACCUACCAGCGUUCCCUGGGUACCAUCGCCAACGGCACCCUGUUCCCGAGCGUGCCGGAUGACCACACCUUUAUCAACCUAGGUCUCAACUAUCGCCCUGCCUUCUUCGGCUGCGACGCCGAUAACUUCACCACCUCCUCCACCACCGUUGUGCCGCCCCUCAUCGUCUACAUCCCCAACGCCCCUUACACCACCACCAGCAACGUCUCCACCUUCGACCCGUCUUAUCCCCUCAACCAGCGCGACGACAUCAUCGCCAACAGCCUCAACGCCGCCACCCAGGGCAACGGCACCCUGGACCCCGAGUGGACUGCCUGCCUUGCGUGCGCCGCUCUCAGCCGCAGCCUUCGCCGCACUGGCACCGCUGUCCCCAGCGGCUGUCAGACCUGUUUUACCCGCUACUGCUGGAACGGAACUCUCGACACCACGGACAAUGGACCCUAUGAGCCGUCGCUAAGGAUUGGAAACGAGAGCACCUCGUCUGCCGGUCUGUGGAAGGUGGUUUUGAGCGUUGCGGCUGUUGUUUUGUUGGGUGGUAAUAUAUAG